UGGUUGAUCCUGACUUUUCUGAUCCUCCCCUUCUUCCAGUGUCCCCCUCUUAUCUCCUGAUAAGACAUAUCAUGUGGAGGCACUCUGCACAUGCUCAGUUUUUUUUUUAGGCGUGCAUGUGAUCAUCACAGGGUCAAUCAGCACUGUCCAGACAGAGGUCAGGGGUUCUGCAUCCUCCUAGAAGAGAAUGAAAACUCCUCCUACAAGCUUUAAUCAGUGCUUGGCUGGACACUAAUAUAACUAACAACACUGCUGUAACUGCUGAUGAGAAAAGGUAUUUAGCUGUUUAUAUUUACUAA